AUGCAGGCAACACAUAGAGACCACUCGAGACGAACAGCCACCCUCGACCCUCACGACUACACGGUGGCCUGGAUCGCCCCUCUCGAGAUCGAGGCCCAGGCUGCCCUUAACCUAUUAGAUGAGCGACAUCGCGGACGGUUCCAAGUCAGCCGAGGCGAUGACUAUGUGUUUCACGCAGGCAACAUGCGAGGGCAUAAUGUCGUCAUAGCGACACUGCCGGCGGGCCAGGAGUACGGGACGGGGUCGGCAGCUGCACUGGCGAGCCAGGUCAAGAAGUUCUUCCCCAAGCUCUGGUUCGGGCUGCUCGUCGGCGUCGCUAUGGGGCUGCCUGAUCUAUCGCGACGGCCGGCGCGUGACAUCCGGCUGGGGGACGUGCUGGUUGGUCUUCCUGACGGCGAGAGCGCAGGACUGGUCGCAUACGAUCUCGGCAAGGAGACGGAAGACGGGUUCGAACUACUCAAACACGGACACGCACUCGCGGUGACCGAGCCGAUUGUCCGAGCAGCUAUCGGCAGCAUUAAGCUCGAGGCGCCGAACGAUGCAGAGGUCUUUCUGCAUUACUACGAAGCCAUCCGCGACAACGAGCAUGCGACUGGCACGUUUGCCGACCCGGGUCAGGAUCGUGAUAAGUUGUACUUGGUGCAAGCUAACGGGACAGAACAAGUCAUCGAACGCGUUCGACGACCGGAUGCAAGACGCACUCGAGUGUGGUAUGGACCGAUCGGGUCGGGAGAGAAGCUUAUAAAGAACGCGCAAAAGAGGAACGAGCUUAGAGAUAGGUACGGGGUAAUCGGUGUGGAGAUGGAGGCGGCAGGGACGAUGAAUCGAAUUCCCGUGGGUGUGAUCCGGGGGGUAUGUGACUACGGGGACAAGCACAAGAACAAGGAGUGGCAGCCAUAUGCGGCGGCGAUGGCGGCAGCGUAUGGCAAAGCAGUGCUGGAUGAGAUCCCGCCGAAUGACUCGGGCCGGUCAGAUCCUCCCCAUCAAUCAUGCUAUCACAUCCAACUUGCCAAGAAUCCUAGGUUUACUGGCCGCGCCGCCGUGCUGGACAUACUGGAAGAGAAGCUCUUUGGCCAAGAGCCAUGCCAGAGGACGGCGCUGGUGGGACUUGGCGGGGUAGGCAAGACGCAGAUCGCCCUGUAUUUCGCCUACGGAGUCAAAGAGAAGCGGCCAGAGUAUUCGAUCUUCUGGGUGCCGAUAGUAAGUGGUAGUAGUGCGGAGCAGGCUUAUAUUGAGAUGGCCAAGAAGCUUGGGGUGCAGAAGAAGAGCGACGAGGAGGAUAUCAAGGAGCUCGUUUGCCAAUAUCUUAGCUCGGAUGAGGCUGGUAGAUGGCUGCUGGUUGUGGACAACGCUGAUAAUCAAGAGCUGGUGUUUGGAUCCACUGAAGGACCUGGCAUUGAGGAAUUUCUACCUAAAAGCGACUAUGGACUGAUUUUGUUGACGACACGAUCAAGGCAGGUCGCCGAGGAGUUUGCACAAGCUGACAUAAUCGACGUCGAGCAGAUGGGUUGCGAAGAGGCGACGCACCUUCUCGAGAAGUCGUUAACUCAAAAGCAGAUGCUCCAAGACGAAGUGUUAGUGAUAGAGCUUCUCGCCUAUCUUACCUAUCUCCCACUGGCUAUCACGCAAGCGGCGGCUUAUUUUAACCAGACUAAGGCGCCUAUACACAAGUACCUAAGCCUUUUGCGUGGUGCCGAGAGGGAUGCUACCAACGUACUAGGAAGAGAGUUCAGAGAUAACACUCGGUACCGGGAGUCGCGAAACGCGGUAGCGACGACGUGGCUGGUGUCGUUUGAUCAGAUCGAAAAGUCGAACAAGACCGCGGUCGCAGUGUUAUCAUUCAUGUCAUGUAUUGAGCCGAGGGCUAUCCCUCAGUCGAUGCUGCCGGGAUCAGAGUCAGAAGAGCUCGAAUGGGCAAUCGGCAUACUUUGCGGGUACUCGUUCCUGGUCCGGCGUGGAGACAGCGACAUGUUUGACAUGCACAGUCUUGUGCACAUGGCAAUGCGGGGAUGGACAGAGAAGCAAGGUCGGAGGGCACAAGUGGUGGAGGAUGCGACAAGCCAUCUUGCAGACAAUUUCCCUUCCCACAACGCUGUUAAUCGUGAUUUGUGGAGAAGUUAUAUGCCUCAUGCAUUGCGACUACUUUAUGGAAGCGAGGCGUACGAGGCAGAAGAAUGUCGAUACGAUCUUUUGGGUAGUGCUGGAAGAUGUCUACUUACGGACCGAAGAUUCAAAGAAGCUGUACGGUGCUUUGAAGAGAUGUGCGGGUGGGAAGGGGAAGAAGAGAAGACGCUAGAUGAGAAAGAUCAUUUUCGAUUAUCAUCGGAGCAAGUGCUUGCCGGAGCAUACCUUAACGACCGGCGGAUUAAAGAAGCGAUCGAGAUGCUAGAGCAUGUGGUAUCGGUGCGGAGGAAGACGCUAGAUGAGAAAGAUCAUUCUCGACUAUCAUCGGAGCACGAGCUUGCCAGAGCAUACCUUACCGACCGGCGGAUUAAAGAAGCGAUCAAGAUACUAGAGCAUGUGGUAUCGGUGCGGAGGAAGACGCUAGAUGAGAAAGAUCAUUUUCGACUAUCAUCGGAGCAAGUGCUUGCCAGAGCAUACCUUGACGACCGGCGGAUUAAAGAAGCGAUCAAGAUGCUAGAGCGUGUGUUAUCAGUACAGACGAAGACGCUAGAUGAGAAAGAUCAUUUUCGACUAUCAUCGGAGCAUGUGCUUGCCAUAGCAUACCUCAAAGAUGGGCUAGCGCAAGAGGCAAUUAACCUCUUGGAACACGUCGUGGCAAUCGAAAGUCAGCUUUACGCCCAAGAUGAUCCCGAUCGUCAGGUCUCAGUAGAACUGCUUGCUCAUGCAUAUGGACAACUAGAAGCUAAAUCAGAGAUGUCGGAGGAUGAUAAUGAAGCGUCAGGAUGA